CUCCGAAUAAGAGUCGGUGAAGAGCCCGACCUCCCGUGGGAACACGGAUUCCGGCUCAGUCUCCGGAUCGGUGCGAGAGCGGGCCAUCCGGCAGAUAGAGCGCCCGAGCACCCCAGCCAGCUCUCUGAUCCCCUCUAUCUGUGCGGGGUUGAGGUUGGGGACUGCUAGCCACAUGGGCUGCUCCCAGGCACCGGGCCCCGCCUCCCCAGUUCUCCCUUCUUCCUCCAGCUGGACUUCCUGGAGAUAGAUGGGGAUGACCCCCGAAGUCCGGUCCCUGGCGCACACAGAACAGGACCCGCACAGCACCAUACGGGCCAGACUUGUAUUGAGACCACCAGGAGAGAGAAGAAAUGAUGCUUGAUUGUACUGUCGGAGGCGGGUCCCUCACAUCCUGCUCACCUGUGGGGCGCACAGGCGGGGCAUGCUGGCAGCCCGCGGCUGCGUCAUCACCUCGCGCCGGGAACUCGGCUCUCCACGUGGACGGUGUGGCAUGAUGGCGGGAGCGGAGGCCCCCAAGCCGCAGAAGCGCUACUACCGACAGCGCGCCCACUCCAACCCCAUGGCGGACCAUACGCUGCAUUACCCCGUGAAGCCGGAGGAGAUGGACUGGUCUGAGCUUUACCCAGACUUCUUUGCUCCGCUUACUCAAAAUAAGAGCCAUGACGAUCCAAAGGAUGAGAAAGAAAAGCAUUCUGGGGCCCAAGUGGAGUUUGCAGACAUAGGCUGUGGCUAUGGCGGCUUGUUAGUGGCACUGUCACCACUCUUCCCAGAUACCCUGAUUCUGGGUCUGGAGAUUCGGGUGAAGGUGUCGGACUAUGUACAGGACAGGAUUCGGGCCCUCCGUGCAACUCCCGGGGGCGGAUUCCAGAACAUCGCCUGUCUCCGAAGCAACGCCAUGAAGCACCUUCCUAACUUCUUCCGAAAGGGCCAGCUGGCAAAGAUGUUCUUCCUUUUUCCGGACCCGCACUUUAAGCGAACAAAGCAUAAAUGGAGAAUCAUCAGCCCCACACUUCUGGCAGAAUAUGCCUAUGUGCUAAGAGUCGGGGGCCUGGUGUACACCAUCACUGAUGUGCUAGAGCUACAUGAAUGGAUGUGCACCCAUUUUGAAGAGCACCCACUGUUUGAGCGUGUGCCUCUGGAAGAGCUACGUGAAGACCCCAUCGUGGAACAUCUAGGCACUUCAACUGAGGAAGGAAAGAAAGUUCUACGCAAUGGAGGAGAGAAUUUCCCGGCCGUCUUCCGAAGAAUACAGGAUCCCCUCCUCCAGGCAGUCACCCCCAACCCCACCCUGCCUUAGCUGGACCCCCUCUUCUAGUGACUGGAAAAAAGAUCAGCUCCCCAUUCCAGGCCUUCCCAGACUGGUGGGACUGUGGGGCCGUUGACCUCUCCAAGAAGUAGGAGUGCAGUCUGUCGGUGUUUCUACCCAUUGCUCUUACUGCCUUUUUAUUCUUCCACUGUCAGAAGAAAGCCGAUAAAGCUGACUGAGGAGGUCAAAGGACCUUGGACCAGAGGGGAUAUUUGGAGGGCUGUGGGUAUUUUGUUCUCUUUGAACACCCCCCCUCCUGGGGCUUCUCUAGCUGGGGUGAAGCAUGUGAUGCCCCUCUGUCUAGGCCGUGUGGUUUGGCUCAGGUUGCCUUUAGUUGUGUUUACUUUGCAGUCCUGGGCAUGAAGGAUGUGUAUCCACGUACCCAUGUGUGUGCCCAAGUGUAUGUGCCCGUGUGUGUGUGUGUGUGUGUGUGUGUGUGUGUGUGUGUGUGUCCACGUCCCGUGUUUGUGACCAUGUGCCAGUGCCACUAUUUCCCAAGGAGGGCUGGGGUAUGUAUCAAAUGCCUCUUUCCAACUUCUCCCUGCUUACAGUCUGACCCAGGCAGUCUCUGCUGCCUUUACUGUUGCUGUCUCUGUGGCAUCUUUGAAGAGCAAGAGGGUAGAGAGCCUUCCUUGUCUCUGCCAUGUUGAACUUGAUUCCAGAGUUUCAGGCCUGACUGGCUGGCAUAGUAGUGCCUGAUAGGGAGAGGGAGGGAAGGCUGGGGAACAGGGAGAUAAGCUGGAAAAAGAUUUAAAGAAUUAUUUUUAUUUUAUGUG